AUGUCGGAGCGGGACUCACAGCAGCAGGGUGCGGGGCGGAAGUCGGGCCGUCGGCGGCGGCGUAAAAACGGAGAACACAACAGGGCGGCGCCCGCUUGUGACGUCACAGAGAGGCGCCGCAGCCAUGGCCGCGCGCGGGGCCUUCUGGGGCGAGUCACCGCGCGGGACCCGGAGAACCGGACGGGCUUCCGGCGUCCGCCGUCAGGGAAACCGGAAGUGGCCGCUGCCGCCCCGGGAGACGCGGGGGUCCGUUCUAGGGGCGUGAUUUCCGAGCGGGCUGGGCUGCCCAUCACUGGGGACUUCCGGCUCCCCCCCACACACACGCACCGUGACUUAUUUUUCAACCCGAGCGCGCGAAAAAAGUCGCGAACCGGAAGUGACUGCGCAGACACCGGAAGCGGCUUCUCCUCGGUCCCCCAUGGGUUUGGAAAGGGCGGAGUGGGGCGGGACUUCCGGGUGGGCCUCGGCGCUGCCAGUCAAGCGGGGCACUUCCGGUCCCAUUCAUUUUUUUUUCUUCUUUUCCGACCCGAGCGGCGGGAAAAAGGUCGCGGACCGGAAGUGACGGCGCCGACACCGGAAGCGGCUUCUCCCAGAUUCCCCACCCAUGGCCCCCGUGCGCCUCUCCUUCUCGGCCGCCGGCUUCCUGGGCCUCUACCACCUGGGCGCGGCGCGCGCGUUGCGUGUGUGCGGGUCACGGCUGCUGCGCGAGGUCGCGGGGGUCGCGGGGGCCUCGGCCGGGGCCCUGGUGGCCGCGGCGCUGGUGACGGCGCCCGAGAGGCUGGAGCUCUGCACGCGGUUCGCCCUCGACCUCGCCGAGGACGCGCGGCGGCGGCCGCUGGGGGUCGCGACCCCGGGGUUCGACCUCCUGGCCCGGCUGAGGGCCGGCGUGGAGCGGCUCCUCCCCCCGACGCGCACGCCCGGGCCCAGGGGCGGCUCCACGUGUCCGUCACGCGCGCGCAGGGCGGCGGGAACCGCCUGGUGUCGGCGUUCGCCACGCGGGAGGACCUGGUGCGGGUCCUGCUCGCCAGCUGCUUCGUCCCCGUGUUCGCCGGAUUCGAGGCCGUGGAGUUCGAGGGCGAGGCCUGGGCCGACGGCGCCCUCUCCAACGCCCUCCCCGUGCCCCCUGGCCUGGGCCGCGCCGUGUCCGUGUCCCCGUUCUGCGGCGGCGCCGUCGUGUCGCCCCGGGACCCCGGGCCGUGGGGUUGGGGCCCACGUGUGCGCGUGAGCAACCUGGAGGUGGCGCUCUCCGCGUCCAACCUGCGGCGCCUGCGCCACGCGCUCUUCCCGCCCCCGCGCCCCGCGCUCGAGGCCCAGGCCCGCGCCGGCUUCCGGGACGCCGCGCGCUUCCUGCUGCGCGAGGGCUGGGCCCCGUGAUCACAACACGCGUGUGCGCGGACACGGACACGGUCACGCGUGUGAGUUCGCGCGUGGUCACGGCACGCGUGAUCGGCGGGGGGGGAGGCGGGACUUCC